CCAGAAUAGACAGAGAAUUCCAGCAGUAACCAUGAUGAAGCGCUCAAUUAGUAGACCUGUUCAGAGCGGUCUGCGCAGAGAGGGCGCAUUCGCUCGCCCGCUGCGAUGCUAUUCAGCCCCGGCGAGACAGGGUCCUCUACAGGGAAUCCGCAUUCUCGACUUGACUCGGGUUUUAGCUGGCCCCUUCUGUACACAGAUCCUAGCAGAUUACGGGGCGGACGUGGUCAAAGUCGAGCAUCCCAAAGGAGGAGAUGACACGCGACUAUGGCGAGAGGAAGGCGAAGAGAAACUCUGGAAGCCAGGCACAAAGAAUACAUCGCUCUACUUCAACGGAAUCAACCGCAACAAACGCUCUAUCGCGGUGAAUCUGAAACAGGAAGCCGGCCGGAGUAUAAUACUCGACCUCGUCAAGGACGUUGACGUAGUAGUCGAUAAUUUUAUCCCGGGGAAACUGGAAGAACUGGGACUCGGAUACAAGAUUUUUACAGAGACAAACCCGUCUAUCAUCCACGCCAGUAUAUCAGGAUAUGGGGCAACAGGCCCGUACGCCCAACGAGCAGGCUACGAUGCAAUCGCUGCCGCAGAGGCAGGGCUGCUACACAUAACAGGCGAACCAGACGGCCCACCAACAAAGCCCGGAGUCGGGAUAAUGGAUAUGGCCACUGGGCUGUACCUCCAUGGGGCGAUAUGUGCGGCUCUAGUAUCCAAGGCACGAACGGGCAAGGCGCAGAGGAUCGACGCGUCACUGUUCGAAACGACCAUCUCGAUACUAAACAAUGUUGGCAUGUCCUGGCUGAAUCUGGCGAAGGAAGGGAAGCGCUGGGGAACGGCUCAUGCUACGAUUGUUCCUUACGGGGUGUUCAAGACAAAAGACUCCGAGCUUGUUCUUGGGGCAGUUAAUAACCGACAGUUUCGGGUGUUGUGUGAGAGGUUGGGGGAUGAGGGUAUUGCCAGUGAUCCACGGUUUUUAGAUAACGAUGUGAGGGUGCAAAAUCGUGAUGCGUUGAAUGAGACACUACUGGCUUACUUCGCGACAAAGGCGACGGAUGAGUGGAUGAAGGUCUUCGAAGGCAGUGGAAUGCCUCAUGGGCCGGUUAAUACGAUUCAGCAAGCAUUCGAGCAUCCACAGACUGCAGCCCGAGGAAUGGUGCAGACUAUCCAGCAUUCAGAGGCAGAGGAUGGAAAUAUUCGUGUUCUAGGCAUGCCGGUGAAAUUCGAUAACUCCCAAUCACCCAAGGCCACCCAGCCACCAGGUCUUGGAGAACAUACCGACGAUAUUCUCGCAGAGAUGGGGCGCUCUGAAUCGGAAGUCAAGAGCCUUCGUACGCAGGGAAUCAUAUAGUAGCAGAGAAGCAAUGAGUAACUGCCUAUGAACACGCUAAACAGGACAGAAUCCUGACUAUAGAAACGCCUAAGAACACAACUUCCUAGACCUCAACAUAGAAAUCCUGACAGCUUUC